CUCUAUCUGUGCUGAAAAUUUGAGCUUGAUCGGUUGCACCGUCUUCGGGAACCAGAAAGUGUCAAAAAAGAGGGGGGGGGGUACCCUUAAGAGUUGAGGACAUUUUUUUUUUUGACAACGGAAGGAAACUGAUCACAAAAAUAGAGAUUAUGAACUUUCAGUAUGCUUAUACUAUAGCUAAAAAGAAUUAUUUUGUUUUUCUUCUAGAAUUAUUGAAUAUCUCUUGGAAGGAAUAUUCGAUCUUGAUAUGAAGCUUUGCUUAUAAAUAGACUUCAUGUUCCUUAGAAUGUUCUGAAAUUUUUAGCCAAAACCGAUGCUUUCUUGACGAGAUAUUGCAUGAGAAGAAAAAAAAACAAUGACAUUUCAAAAAAAAAACAACUUGUUUUUUCAACGUACCAUAGCUCAAGAAGGAAGUAUCCGUUUUGACUGAAAUUAAUUAAAUAUCUCAUUUAGAAGUCAGCUAAAAGUUUUUUGUUUUUCAAUUCUAUAGUCUAUCAUACUACCUUAACUUGAAAAACUAUUCAUUUUUGAAUAGAGAGUUUUGUACACAAUUAUCAUAGUAUCUCUUGAAAGGAAGAUUCGACUUUUAAGAAUAAAGAUCAAAUAUUUUUCGACUACAUUGAUAUUUUCUGUCUUAAAAAGAUUAAUUGCUAUUGAACAAAGUCUAUGUGAAUGUGUCACGGUAUAUUUUUGUAAGAUGGUAUCACAUAUUUUCCUAUAGAUUAAGCAGCCGACAUCAAGACUGAAAGCUUUACUAUUGCCUUCUCGGACUUCAUCUUUAAUAAAUAAUCAAACUCGAAAAUAGCUGAUGCGACUGUUACAGGUGAUAUGAGCGUGCUGGAGGCAUGAUUUCGACUGAAACUUAACAUUUUUCUAAGAGUUUAAAAAUAUUCAUACAGUGAGAUAUAAAAAGGAAAUCAAGCAGAAGAACUGUAAUUUGCACUAUAUAGAUCUCAUUCUUUAUCUUCAAUGAAUAUUGAUAUUAUUUUUGUUUUUUUUUUUUGCUAGCGUAUUGUUUUUGUUCCUCGUCCUUGGAAAUCUACUGAUGGUUCAAUAAAUUUUGCUGUUUUACAACGUAUGAUGGAAUCAUUACUUUUAUUUAUAAUUGAUCAUCCAGGUACAAGUCUUGAAUAUUUAUAUGAACAUUAUAAAUGUGUACUUCAACCAGUUGCUAUUAAUGAUUGUAUUGAAUUAUUUCAACAAAUGAAUUGUUUAGAAACAGUUCAAGUACCAUUAAAAAAGAUAAUUGAAAAAAAAAUAAAUCUUUAUUCAAAUGAAAAUUCCGAUGAUGAUGAUGAACAUGAACAUCAAAAUGAACAAAAUAUUCAAUAUGAUAUUGAUAAUGAAUUUGAACGUAUUUUAUUUAAAACUAAUUAUGAUUAUCAACAAAAAACACUUUAUUGUUUUCCAACUUAUGAUUGUUUAACAAAAUUUGGUGUUGCAUUUCCAUUAUCAUUAACUAAUCAACAACGAGGCAUUGAUCGAAUGCCAUUUCCUAGUUAUUAA